CUUUGGCUCCACAUGAAAUCAGCGCUUGAAUAACAUUUAGCCAACGCAGUUAGCAAAGUUAGCACAGUUAGCACACAUACAGUAACUUAUUCAGUCAGAAAAACAUGGGAAGCAAUGUCAGCUACGAAGUAGUGCAACAAAAACUCACUAGGUUGUUCAGUUAGAGUUAAAUCCCCCAGUCUUGCUCUUUGUGCUAUAGCUAACUAAGCAUGGAAUAUCUCAGGGCUUUAAAACCCUUGUUUAAUGUUUCCCAACACUGGAUACCUGUCAGGUGUAUCCAGCCCAGAUAUUGUUCUAAUUUAGCUAACACCAGUGUCACUUCAAGAGACAGGGGGGCAGCUGUAGACAAGUUCAGGACUCGGUUGUCUUCUGGUCCAAGUUUUCAAGAUUUCAUCAGAGGAGUUUCAGUCAAUAAGCCUCGGGCUGCAGAUGGAGAAUACUCAGACAAUCAUGGUUAUCUUCCUGAAGAUUUGGAAAUGGGGAAUUCAAGGAAAGUGUAUUUUGAAACUUAUGGAUGCCAGAUGAAUGUAAACGACACAGAGAUAGCCUGGUCCAUUCUACAGAGGAAAGGAUAUCAACGUACAGUUGACUUAAAUGAGGCAGAUGUUGUCCUUCUGGUUACCUGCUCUAUAAGAGAAAAAGCUGAACAGACUAUUUGGAAUAGAUUACAACAGCUAACAGCUAUGAAGAGGAGGCGGUUAAAGGCCCACACACCAAUGAAAAUUGGGAUUUUAGGUUGCAUGGCAGAGAGGCUGAAGACUGAGCUUCUGGAGAGGGAGAAGCUUGUAGAUGUUCUUGCUGGUCCUGAUGCCUACCGGGACCUCCCCCGCCUCUUGACUGUAGCUGACGGAGGUCAUCAGGCGAGCAACGUGUUGCUGUCAUUAGAGGAGACCUACGCUGACAUCAUGCCUGUCCACCAUGCUCCUCAGGGAUACAGUGCUUUUGUGUCCAUCAUGCGAGGCUGUGACAACAUGUGCAGUUACUGUAUUGUUCCCUUCACCCGAGGGAGAGAGAGGAGUCGACCUGUCAGCUCCAUUAUAGAGGAAGUUCAAAUGCUCUCUGACCAGGGAGUGAAAGAGGUGACGUUGCUGGGUCAGAACGUGAACAGCUACAGAGACACGUCAGAAGAACAGUUCUGUGGCUCAGACCUGACCCAGCUCAGCCGGGGCUUUAAGACAGUUUACAGAACAAAACAGGGAGGUCUGCGCUUCUCCGACCUGCUGGACCGAGUGUCACGCAUCGACCCUGACAUGAGGAUCAGAUUCACCUCCCCUCAUCCCAAGGAUUUUCCUGAUGAGGUUUUACAUCUGAUAGCGGACAGAGGGAACAUUUGUAAACAGAUUCACCUUCCAGCCCAGAGCGGGAGCAGCCAGGUCCUAAAAGCAAUGCGCCGUGGCUACACAAGAGAGGCUUACCUUGAUCUUGUGAAGAACAUUAAGAGGAUCAUCCCAGAUGUGAGUCUCAGCAGUGACUUCAUCUCAGGCUUCUGUGGUGAAACAGAGGACGACCACCAAGAGACUCUGUCUCUGAUCAGAGAGGUGGGCUACAAUGUGGGAUUCCUUUUUGCCUACAGUAUGAGAAAGAAAACCCAUGCCUACCAUCGACUACAAGAUGACGUGCCAGCGGAGGUGAAGCGGCGGAGGCUGGAGGAGUGUAUCAGUGUGUUCAGGGAGGAGGCUGCGAGGGUCAACGCCGCUCUGGUCGGCAGCACAGAGCUUGUCCUGGUGGAGGGAGAAAGUAAAAGAUCUGCCAAGGAGCUGUGCGGGAGAACUGGUGGCAAUAUGAAAGUGAUUUUCCCCAAAGAGGAUGUUGCUGUUCAGCCUGCAGAAUCCGACACUGCACCGAUCCGUCCUGGAGACUAUGUGCUGGUGAAGAUAUUGUCGGCCAGCUCCCAGAGCCUGAGAGGUCGAGCCCUCAGUCACAGCUCCCUGAGAGGCACAGUGAAGCUCGACGAGACUCUGCUGAGGCACCAGGCUGAUGAACAUGUGGCGUCACACACAACCAAGGUUGAAACCUGCCAUUGA